CGUAUACAGAGGUCAAAGUUGAACGAGAUUGCCUGCGUACGCAUUGCGCAAGCUGCGGACACAUGGUCGACGUAGAUAUCGCUGAUCCGGACAGUUCUUGACUUGUGGAGCAAACUAACAAUGGAGUAUAUGGUGGGAGAAUCGGGCACUACACAGGGGAGAAUCCUUUGUUGCCAGUGUGGUAUUGCCAUAGAAUCUAAUCCUGCUAAUAUGUGCGUGUCUUGUAUUCGUACACAAGUUGACAUCACUGAGGGAAUUCCCAAACAAGGAGUCAUAUAUUUUUGUAAAAACUGUGAAAGGUAUUUACAGCCUCCAGAAUCCUGGGUAGUUUGUACAUUGGAAUCCAGAGAGUUACUUUCUUUGUGUUUGAAAAAAUUGAAAGGUUUAAAUAAGGUAAACCUUGUUGAUGCUGGUUUUAUCUGGACUGAACCGCAUUCCAAGAGGCUAAAGGUCAAACUGACUAUUCAGAAAGAGGUGCUUGGUGGCACUGUUCUACAACAGGUGUUUGUUGUGGAGUUUAUGGUUCAUUAUCAAAUGUGUUCAGACUGUCAUCGAGUGGAAGCAAAGGAUUUCUGGAAAGCAUGUGUACAAGUCAGACAGAAGACAACGCACAAGAAAACGUUCUUUUAUCUGGAGCAACUGAUCCUGAAACACCGUGCCCAUACAUCGACUGUCAACAUCAAAGCCCACCAUGAUGGUCUUGAUUUCUACUAUGAAGGCAAGCAGGAUGCCAGAAAACUGGUUGAAUUUUUGCAAACUGUGGUUCCUUGUAGAUACCAGACAUCGCAACGUUUGAUUUCACACGAUACUCACAAUAAUACUUAUAACUAUAAAACGACCUACUCCGUGGAAAUUGUUCCAAUAUGUAAGGAUAAUAUUGUAUGUUUGCCACCAAAGUUGGCGCAGUCAUUGGGAAACAUUGGUCAGAUAUGUUUAUGUCAACGUGUAUCUAAUCUAAUACAUAUAAUAGACCCAACAAGUUUACAAAUUGCCGAUGUGACAGCCCCAGUCUACUGGAGAACUCCUUUUAACAGUCUUUGUGAGCUGAAGAAUUUAACAGAGUAUAUUGUAUUACAAAUUGAACCAAUCGCAAUGAAGGAUAUGAGACAUCAGAAAGGUCAAGGUGCAAAGUCGUAUAAACACAUUUUGGCUGAUGUCUGGGUGGCCAGGUCACAAGACUUGGGAAUAAAUGAUGCUCAGUUUCACACUCGUACACAUCUUGGACAUUUAUUAAAUCCUGGUGACACAGUUUUAGGUUUUGAUUUCCUGAAUGCCAAUGUCAAUGAUCAAAAUUUUGACAAAGUAAAAGCUGAGCGCCUACCUGAUGUGAUAUUAGUUAAAAAAUCGUACGAUAAACAGAAGAGAAAGCUACGAAGAAAUUGGAAACUACGACAAAUGUCGAAACAUUCUGAUGCUUUGGAUGACGACAAGAUGGAAAGGGAUUAUUCAGAAUUUCUGGAAGAUCUUGAAGAUGAUCCAGAGUACAGACAGCAUGUUAAUAUCUAUAUGGAUCGUAAUAAGAGUAUACCAGUUGAAUCAAGUGAUGACGAUGAUGCACCGAAAAUCAGUUUACAAGAAAUGUUAGAGGAUUUGAAUAUCAGUGAAGAUGCCACUGGAGGUGAAGGGGCGGCCAUGUUGGAAUGAGGCAUGAUGGGGGGGAAGAUAUUUCUGGUGGUGGGAAGGACAAUCAAAUAUUAAUACUGUGGUGAUGAAUAC